UCUGUCAAUCAUGGUCGAUGGUUGUUGUAGGAAAGUGUUUGAAUAUAAAUAUUCCCAAUAUUUUCAAACAAGCUUCUGAAAUGAAAUAUUGAAAUAUUUCCACAGCAUAUCAACCAAAUAAAAAUGAAUAACGUUAUAACUCCAAACGUUUCUUCGGGAGAAGACGUUAACAAAUCGCAUCUAGCUGCUGUGUUACAAAUUCUGAAGAAAUACAAUUUGAAGAAUACUGAAGAGCUAUUCAAGAAAGAAGCUAAUAUAAGUGAUUGUUUGGAGAACUCAGCGAAUAUACAGAAAGACUCCAAUGUUAGUAGCGUAUUGACUGGAUAUAAAAGUGAUGGAGAUCCUGAAACAUACAUCAAUUCUUAUCGCGAAUUGAAAGGUUUUGUUGAAGAUUCCCUAGAUAUCUAUAAGCAUGAAUUAGGAAUGAUUUUAUACCCUAUUCUUGUACACAUGUAUUUGGAAUUGGUAUAUAAUGGACAUACAGAGAAAGCUAUAGCAUUGAUGAAGACAUUUGGACCUGAGCAAGAUACUUAUUACCAAGAUGAUUUGAAAAAGUUGGCAUUGGUAACAAACAAGGAUCAUAUGAAUGGAAACGAGCUCACUGAUACAUUUAAAUCUCAUCAGUUUAUCAUCAGAAUGUCAAGAGAUACAUUGUCAUUACUGAAAAGAUAUUUAAACGAUAAAAAAGCAUCAGUUUUAUUGAACAUUGUUCAAGAACAUCUUUAUUUUGAUAUGUAUGAAGGUGUUGCAAGGAAUAAGGGUCAGAUAGAUGCGACUUCGGGCGCUGUGGGUGGAGAAGCUAAGAGACAAGAUAACAAAAUCAAAGUUUUCUAUGGCAUUCCAAAGGCACCAGACAUACAAACUUUGGCAGCUCCAAUUGAGGAGGAAGAUGGCGAAGGAGAUCAAGAAAAUCCUGAGAAACCUAAAAAGAAGAAAGCGAAAAAAGAUCCACUGUUUUCUAAAAAAACAAAGUCUGACCCGAACGCUCCUCCUCCAGAUAGAAUACCAGCCCCAGAUCUGAAAGACAAUGAUAAAUUGGAAAAAGUGAAGGCGCUUCGUGAGGCAUCCAGAAGGGUUACCCUAGGUCCGGAAACCUUACCGUCUGUCUGCUGUUAUACACUGAUGAACACAAGUCAAACGGUGUGUUGUGCGGAAAUAACUGAAGAUUCCAGUAUGUUAGCGGUGGGUUUCAAUGAUGCAAUCAUCAAGGUUUGGAGUUUGGUACCGCAAAAACUCAAGGCGCUCAAAUCAGCUCAGCAGUUACAGGAAGUCAAUAUCGACGCUGAGGACCUUAUGGUGAGAAUCAUGAACGAGAGAUCUGGUGAAAUCUGCCGUACCCUACCAGGGCACGCAGGUCCGGUCUACGGAGUAUCCUUUUCACCGGAUCGUACCUUGCUCCUGAGUUGUUCGGAAGAUUCGACAAUCCGACUGUGGAGUCUUCAGAUAUGGACGUGUUUGGUGGUGUACAAGGGACAUCUGUUUCCCGUGUGGGACGUGAAAUUCUCACCGCUGGGGUAUUAUUUCGCCACGGCUUCCCAUGAUAGGACCGCGAGGCUGUGGGCCACGGAUCACUACUCUCCGCUGAGAUUAUUCGCUGGACACUUUUCGGACGUCGAUUGUCUCCAGUUUCACCCCAACUCGAAUUACGUGGCGACGGGAUCUAGCGACAGAAGGGUCUGUCUGUGGGAUUGCACCACGGGCAACCACGUCAGGCUGAUGACGGGCCACAAGGCCCCGAUCCACAGUCUCGCCUUCAGCGUUUGCGGAAGGUUCCUGGCCUCCUCGGGGGCCGAUUGCAGGGUCCUCGUUUGGGACCUGUCCCACGGUCAUUUGGUGGCCGAGCUGACCGGGCACGAGAAACCUGUGCACGCGUUGACGUUCAGCAGAUGCGGCAACAUCCUGUGUUCGGGAGGGUUGGACUUCUCCCUCAAAGUCUGGGAUUUCAGUAAGAUCACGGAAGAUAUUAGUUCGGAGGAGGUUAACGUAUCGCAUAACCCCGACGUUAAGACUGGCGAGCAGUAUUUGCUCAGGGAUUUCGCCACCAAGAGUAGUCCCUUGAUACACUUGCAUUUCACCAGGAGGAAUCUGUUGUUGGCUGUUGCGACUUUUGAAGGCGCGAAUCCCUAACCGGGAUCGUUGUGAAGUGGUCUUAUGGGACUACUUGUAAUUGUAAAUAUUCAAAUUUUUU